AUGUCUUCUUCUUUAGCUGCUAGCAAGGGUUGGGAAUUGCAUCAGCUUGAUAUCAACAAUGCCUUUCUCCAUGGGAAUUUGAUAGAAGAAGUGUAUAUGCAAGUUCCAGAAGGGAUUCCUAAUCCUAAUGGUCUUGUUCGCAAGCUCAAAAAGUCUUUGUAUGGACUAAAACAGGCCUCUAGACAGUGGUAUGCAAGACUGAAUUUUGAGUUGUUGUCCCUGGGAUUUACUCAGUCACUCAAUGACUAUUCUCUCUUUCUAAAGAAGUCGGAUUCUCAUAUCAUUAUUGUGGCUGUCUAUGUGGAUGAUAUCAUCCUUACAGGAAAUGACACUGCUGGGAUUUUGGAUCUUAAGGCACAUCUGCAUCAAGUUUUCAGUAUAAAGGAUUUGGGGAAACUGAAUUUCUUUCUUGGGAUUGAAGUUUGUCACAUUUCUCAAGGAAUUAUUUUGACUCAAAGAAAGUUCACUAAGGAACUUUUACAAGAGUGUGAUUUUGAUGUUUCUAAGACUGCAAAAACACCUCUGCCUGCUAGUGUCAAAUUAUUUGCAGACUAUGGUGAUUUUUUUCCUGAUCUUGUCCAAUACAGGUGCUUAGUUGGGAAACUAAACUUUCUCACACAUACAAGACCAGACAUCUCUUAUGCUGUGCAGACCCUCAGUCAGUUUUUACAGCAACCAAGAAUGCCUCAUCUUCAUGCUCUUCAACAUGUUAUGAGAUAUAUUGCAGGAACUAUUGGUCAGGGCAUAUUAUUGCUUGCUAAUGAACAACUGAAACUGCAAGCUUAUUCAGAUUCUGAUUGGGCAGCUUGUCCCAAUUCUAGGAGAUCAGUUAUAGGGUACAUUAUGCUUUUGGGUAACUCUCCUAUAUCUUGGAAGUCUAAGAAGCAAGGUACUACUUCCAAGUCUUCCUCAGAGGCUGAGUAUCGAGCCAUGGAAGCAGCCUCUUCAGAGAUAUGUUGGCUGGUUAGACUUCUGCAAGAACUGGGAGGGCUCAAUUUGUUGCAUGUUGAGCUGAACUGUGAUAAUCAAGCUGCAAUACAUAUAGCCAAGAAUCCAGUCUUCCAUGGGAGGACUAAACACAUAGAAAUUGACUGUCAUUUUACCAGAGAAAAGGUUCUUGCAGGUAUGAUUCAGUUGUCUCAUGUUCCCAGUCAUGAGCAAUUGGCUGAUUUGUUCACUAAAAUUCUGCCAAUCCAACAGCAUGCUGAGCUCUGUUCCAAGCUAGGACUGAUUGAUUCUCAAUCACCCACUAGCUUGAAGGGGGGUAUUACAGAUAUUUGA